CAGGGGAAAAAAUAAGUAAAACGCUAGACGGAAUUUUAAAGAACUGCGCUCUACCAAAUGGUAGUACUUAAGCUCUGUUAGCGAGAAAAAUAAUUCGGAUAAUUCGGGCUUUUUUUUAAAUUAUUAUUAUUCCGAGAAAAAGUUAUUCGAAGAUAAAUUUAGUUUCUACAUUAACAGAGGAAAUGACGUCACUCGAUGAAGGCGUCUGUAAUAACGGAAGUGGAUAACGUUGGUUAGUUUGUCUUCAGUUCAUUCUGUAUCGUCUCCAUGUCGUAGCCUUUCGUGACACGCUGCACCUGUAUUGUACGGGGUGUCACGAAAGUCGCGUGACGUCACGAGUUUUGGAGAUGUUCCAGCGCUAGUUAUCUACUGCUGGGCGAUACUUGACUCUCGCAGGCUAGUCCACCCUCUCUAGUCGCUUAAACUUUCUACAGCUGCACAAAUUUUGUUCACUCUCUUCCGAUUUUUUUUCUUUUUUUCUUUUUAAGAAUGGCAGUGAUUCAAAGUCGUUCGAUCGGGGUUCAGACCCAGAAUAUGUUUUUCUCUAGCGACAACUCGACUCAGACCACCAGUUUGAACGCCAUGUACAGUUUUGCAGAAAGUUUAAGCGAUUGGGUGAUAUCUGAAGCAUUUCGAUAUGGCAGGGAUGUCGAAAAAUUCGCUGCCUGCAUCGCUGAUUUCAUCUUGCUUCAAGUGUUUAUGGAGAAAUCGAUGAAUAACUUAACAUCAUACGUAGAAGAUUGUAUGAGAGCCGAUCGUCCAUACUGUUGCUUGAGAGCUGAACAUUUGGAGAAAACAUCGUCUAAUGCUCUGAAGAAUCUAAAUCAAGUUCUUUCUAAAUAUAAUACCUCUAAAACAGAUCAUCAUCCUUCAUGCAUCUUCAAACAUUUUGAAGAUUAUUCAGAAGAUUGGAAUUACUGCGAUGAUGAUGACGAUGAUGGUAAUCAGGAGAUUGUUUCAGCCAUUUCUAGCCCAGAUCCUCUUCAAAUUUUAGAAGAUGACAUCAUCAAAUGCCUGCAAAUUUUAACGGACGACGAAGAGGAAUUAUUUUCCGAAAUUUCUUAUCCUUCUCAUCAGCAUUUAAACCAAAGUUCCGAACUGGAUUCUGGAUUUCUUUCCUCCGAAGACAGUUUUUCUAUUGAUCAUAAAAUUAUCAAUAACAAGAAAUCUUAUUUGCCCAGUUUAAGUGAAAGUUUAGAAGAGAGUACGAACUUUUCUUGGCCCGAGUUUCAUAUUCCGCGACGAGAAGAAGAAAAAAAGAAGGGGGAUAGCGAUAGGCAGCAGUUUUUAAGGACUUUAUUAGUUCAGGAACUUAAAGAAAACAUAGAAGAAAGAAAAAAGAGAAACGAAGUUGUAGAAAUUUCUAAUGCUGCACCUGUUGGGCCUAUGUUCAAAGCACAAGCCACAAAAGCAAUAUGGAUGCCUGGUCAAUCUGCUUCUGCUAGAGAGUGUGAAAAUUUGUCUAGUCCUGUUAAAUCUGAAAAUAACUGUAUAUUUGCUCAAAAUGAGAAUGAUGUCUGUCAGAAUGUUUCUGUUAAUGAAAAUAGUGAAAAUUUUAACUCUAAAAGAUAUAAUGGUUUGUCAAAUAUGUCUGAUGUAGGUGAUAUGGAAAAGACCGGGAAAACAUUUUCGUUUAAUGUCGAUCCUUCGAAUGUUACUUACAAUAUUGAGUUAACUGAUAAACCACCUCCUAAAGAAGCUGUUAUUGUUGAUCAGAAAGUUACAAUUAAAGAUGGAAACAUUCAUCAAGAUACAUAUUAUGCAAUGCCUUAUGAUAAAGUUACAAGUACAAAAACAAUAAUUAAAGCACCAACAUAUGAAGGAAUUGGCCCCACUGAAGAUGGAGUUCCUAUUGGUUUACGGACGUCAAUUAAGAAAGAGUAUGGCAGUGAUUGGUAUAAGACAAUGUUCAGAUCUUUACACAAGUGUGAUAGUAAUGAAGGUUUGAAGUUUCAAAGUGAUGGUUAUAUGUCUGACCCAGAAUUGAACAGAAAAGAAAAGUCUUCAAGCAUAAAAAAUAAAAGUAAAACUCUAGUGACUAAUAAAGCAAAAGAAAAAUCUUUGAAAGAAGCAGAAAAACCAUCAUAUUCCUUUCCUGCUGCCAAAUCUACUAUCCAAACUUAUAAUCAUAAACCAUGGAUUAUAUCAGAUUAUGAACCUGGUUACUCUUCUAUAGCCAAUAAUGAAAAUUCAUAUACAAAUGCAAGAUAUCUUCCACCUUUGAUCACUCCACAACCAAAAUAUGUGUAUAAUGAUGGAUACGAUUCAGAUUCGACAUUAGUUCGUAAAACAGGAAAACAGCACACAUUAGAUCCUCAACAACAAAAACAGUGGUAUCAAAAUAUUCAGAAAGGUGGAGAAAUACCAUUACCAGGUCUUUGCAAACCUGCUCCACAAAAGCCUCAAGAACCAGUUGUUGGUCCACCGCCUCCUAUGCCUUCAAACUGGGAUGCUGAUAGUUAUUACAGAAUAUAUGCACCAAAACCAGAUGACUCUCAAAGAUACACAUCACCGUUACAUAGUCCAGUUCAAAAUGUCAAAAGACCUGAAAGUAGUAAACAUAAAUUGCAAGAUGAUUUUCUUACCAAGUUGGAUGAUGUAAUUUUAAAUAAAUGUGAAGAUAAUAUAAGGUAUAGAAAAUUCUCACAUUAUUACUAUUCAAAAAAGUCUUCAAGCAUAAAAAAUAAAAGUAAAACUCUAGUGACUAAUAAAGCAAAAGAAAAAUCUUUGAAAGAAGCAGAAAAACCAUCAUAUUCCUUUCCUGCUGCCAAAUCUACUAUCCAAACUUAUAAUCAUAAACCAUGGAUUAUAUCAGAUUAUGAACCUGGUUACUCUUCUAUAGCCAAUAAUGAAAAUUCAUAUAUUGUUACAGAUGACUCUCAAAGAUACACAUCACCGUUACAUAGUCCAGUUCAAAAUGUCAAAAGACCUGAAAGUAGUAAACAUAAAUUGCAAGAUGAUUUUCUUACCAAGUUGGAUGAUGUAAUUUUAAAUAAAUGUGAAGAUAAUAUAAGGCAGUCUCCAAGCAAAUCACCAAUUGGAAAUAGUUCACUUUCAUUACAAAAUGUACCUGUUUCUCCAAAUAAGGUUGUUAUUUUAUAUGAUUUUAUUGCACAAUCAUCAAGAGAACUCUCUUUGAAGAAAGGUGAUGUUGUUAAUAUUCAGAGGAGAAUAGAUAAAAACUGGUAUGAAGGAAAAAUUGAUGGAAAAACUGGCAUUUUUCCAGUCAGUUAUGCUGAGCCAGUUUCAUCAAAAUCUUCACAGAGGUUAUCAAAAAAAUACAUCAAAGGAUGGGCACGUGCAAAAUUUGAUUUUAUUGCCAAAAAUCAAGUUGAAUUGACUUUGUAUAAAGAUGAUAUGGUAUCUUUAAUAAGAGAGGUGGAUAGCAAUUGGUAUGAAGGAAAUAUGAAUGGAAAAACUGGAAUAUUUCCUAUUUCUUAUGUAGAGUUAGUUUCUGAAUCUGAAUAUUCUGCAAAACCAUCAAAACCAUUAAUGCCAUCUUCUACAUUAAGUCCUGAAAGAAAUGGGAGAAAUGAAGUAGAUAUAAACAGAAAUGAUAUUGAAGAUGCAGAAAUCAUAAAAAAUGAAAAGGCAUUUCCAGUUAAUGAAGUACUUCCAUCAAGGAACACUCUCACAAAAUUUAACUUUAUGGAAUCUGAAUAUAACAAUAACAGAGUUUCACCUUAUCAAGCCUUAUAUGCCUACAAGCCACAAAAUGAUGAUGAACUGGAGUUAAAAGAGGGGGAUGUAGUAUAUGUUGUAGAGAAAUGUGAUGAUGGAUGGUUUGUGGGAACAUCUAUGCGUACUGGAUUAUUUGGAACUUUUCCUGGAAAUUAUAUAGAAAAAAUUUAUUUUUUAAUUGCAGGUAUUUUAUGAAAAACCUUGUAUGUUUGUAAGUCUCUCAAGAAAAUGCUUUUUGUAUAGUUUGUCUUUCAAUGUAAUAAAUAAAUUUUAAUUGUUUU